AUGGGUGAAGAGCAACAUAAAGUCGCUUUGAGUAUAGUGUGCCCAGCGCUCGUGCUCUCCAUCAGUCAUUCAUUGUUACGAGGUUGCAGUGGAGAGCAACAGGACUCCCAUGGAGGCGAUCGCUCUCGCGCCUCGAAACGUAUCACGGCUUCGUAUAUGCCAAUGGACAGCUCGGCAGGGCCCACUUACUCGUCGGUGGAUGACUUGUUGCGCUACUGGUGCGUUGUAACACACGACGACUGCACUGCUCUGUCCACAUCGACGGCUCACAGGAAGUACCCUCAGGUGCUUUCGCCCCUCCACCGUGAGUGUUUCGGUUGGAAAGCAGGACGUGCAGAUCCUGAACUCGUCUACAUCUUGGUCAACAGCGUGUUUGGAGGGUUAGACGACUUUGAGAUGCAGGUAGAACAAAAAUGCCCAAGCAACAAUCUAAACGACAAGGUAAAUCUGCAAGGCAUGCAUAUGACUUGCAGUAAUCUUGCAAAUAGCUCUGCAAGCAGCCGAUGCAGGAUGCCACAACAAGCAAGCAGCCCCACGUACCAGCCUUUGAGUCGCUCCGUCCGUAUGAUUACGGUUCACUGAUAUCAGAUUAUUGCAUGUCUGCUGAGGAAGCUCUCCUUACUUGUGGUUAAUGCUCGUUUACUUUCUUACCGGAUUUUGACUGCUACAAAUCAUUCUCCAGCGUCGAUGACAACGUUAUGAAGCCCUAUCUGCGCAUGUAGACCCGUGUCAGUAAACUUGAGCUGAGUAACCGGGGUUGGACAGCAUUAUUGGACAUGUAUCCUGGAGACCUAGGGUUCUGCAAGGCUGACAUUGGGUCUCGGCCACUGUGCUUGUAGCGCAAUCUCGAAAAGCUGUGCGGAAGUCGAGUUCGAGGCUGCAACCUAUCACAGCGACGGCACAUUGUACACGCUUUCGAAAUUAAUACAUGAUGAUCAUAGGGUCUGAAGUCUGUUGCCACCUUGCAGCUGCC